CAAAGACGGUUAGAAUAUUAUGAUACUAUUAUACAUGUAUUGCAAUUCCCAAUAACACUCACCCAACUCAAACGAUAAUAAAAUACGUGUUAAACGCAGUCGAAACAUUUCUUUUUUUUUUCAGUCAAUUUUAGUGAAAAACUGUAUAAUAAUAUACUAAAAGUUAAUAAAAAAAAACCUGUAUAUAUCCCACACAAAAACCCUCCAGAUUAGUAGAAAAAUCGCAUUUGAACUAACGACGCUAUUAUUAUAGGAGUCGUCGUCGAAACGCUAUAAACAUGGCUAAAUUUCGUUUGGCGCUUUACAUUGUAAUUAUUUUCUCGUCCACCGUACCGGUAAGUUUUCCGAUAAUUUUUAAUAUCUUCGUAGACGAGAAAUAUCGCAAACGGCGAACUAGACAAAUAUAUUAUAAUGUCCGGUUUGCCGUUAAUAUGUAUAAUAUAUAAAUUAUAAUAUUCUUUCGUUUCAUCUAAAUUCUUGUGCAGUAUUCUCUAUAAAUAUAAAAUUAAAGCCCCCAUCACUGAAACACAACAGUUAUUUCAACCAAAUAGUUUUGCUUGCAGACUGCAUGUAUAACAAUCGUGUCGUGCUUCAGUUCACCAUCCGUUAUGUAUUUUUCAUAAUAAAAUAAUAAAAUAAAAACAAAAUUUAAUAAAAUGGUUAAAAAAUAAAAUAAAUAAAUAUAUAAAUAAUAAAAAUAUACAUGCAAAAAUUAAAAUUAAUUAACUAAUCAAUGCGUCACCUGGAGUAUUGUGAUAAGUGUGUUAUACGACCGGUUUCGAAUUAAAAAUUCAUCAUCAGAUUUAUCACAGUCAAAAUGUAAAACAUGACUAAAUAUAAAAAAUUAAAUGAAAGAAUACAUAGAAAAAAAAAAUUAUACAAUCGGUCGUUUUACAUAAAAUAUAGAAAUAAUUUAUUUUAAUAGGAGAUAUUAUUAUUAGACAUAGAUAUGUUAUUAAGUUAUAUCUUGUUUGAUUUUGAUUUUAAAAUUGCAUAAAAUUUAUAACAGAUUCACAUUGUAUUAAUUGUUUUUUAAUUGAUUGAAAGUUUAAUGUUUGAUUUACAUGUAUUAAAUUCAUUUCCUUUAUUUAAUUAAUUAUUUUCAGCUUUAUUGAAAAUUAUGGAAGUUAAAUUAGUAACUCAUGGUUGAAAAGAAUGCUAGUUUUUAAGUUGUAAUUUCUGUGUAUUCUGUGCUACUAAAAUAUUAAUUUUAUCAUUUACUCUUUACCAUUUCUCAUUUUUCUUAUGUAGUAAUUUUUGUUGGCUGUGAUUUUUAAAUUAUGAAAUCUGUAAGUGAUUUAAAUUUUAGGGUACAAUUUUUCUAAAUUAUUAAUCUCUCCUACUAUUACGUGUUUUUUGCUGAAUAAAAAUUUAGUUUCAGAGUUCAACCAUAUUGUCUUUACUCUUUUCUUGGCUUUGAUUGCAGCUUCAGAUGUACAUUUGAUACGUAAAUUGAUUUUUUUUUAAACGACUUUCAAUAAAUAAUAACCAAAUAUAAUUUAUAUUUCUUAACAUAUCUAUGUCUAAUAAUAAUUAAUUCUAUAUAUCUCCUAUUAAAAUAAACCAUUUCUAUACUUUAUGUAAAACGACCGAUUGUAUAACUUUUUUUUCUAUGUAUUCCUUCAUUUAGUUUGUUAUAUAUUUAGUCGUGUUUUACAUUUUGACUGUGAUAAACCUAAUGAUGAAUUUUUAAUUCGAAACCGGUUGUAUAACACACUUAUCAUAAUACUCCCGGCGACGCAUUGAUUCAUUUAUUUAUUUUAUUUUUAUAUUUAUUUACUUUAUUUAUUUUUCAGUAAGGUUAGUUAAACAAUGCUAAAUAAAUAUGUCAAUUAUAUUGACAUACUUAUGUUGACACGUUUUUAAAUUUCUACAGUUCGGUUUACAUUGCGAGAAUUCAAACAAAUCAGCAAUCAAACUUUAUGUGCCAUAAACAAAAUAAUUAUCUUAUCAAUUUUCGAAAAAAUGCAUGUACAAAAUUAAUAUACACUAAAACUAAUUCAGUAAAUAACAUAAAAGUAAAAUUUGUAAACUUUGUUUUACGUUCUAUGCGUCAUAUUACGCCGCAUGAAUAAACACGUCGGUUCUACAUCGAAAAUUCCGAAGCACUGCGAUUCGAAAUGACAACCGUCAGAUCCGCCGUGUUUAACAUCAAGCUUUGACGUGACUAUAUUAAAACUGUUGUGUUUUCGACCUACACGACAUCAUUACACCGUUUUUACACGAUCUGUAUUUUCAUACUGGGACUUCGGUGAUAAUACUUUGAUUUUCUUCAAAACGUGUAAAAUAUAUAACAAUAUUAUGUCAAAAUAUGCACUCAAACCAAUAAAAAUAUGCAAUUCGUAAACUUGCGAACUAAUGAUACGAAUUUAUAUUUAUAGGUUUUACUGUAAAAAAAAACUUUUCAUAGACAAACAAAAAUAAUAUUAUGGUGAUUGACGAAUAGCGAAUAGUUACUAUUCAUCCUGAUUUGAAUGCUGAUUUGAACACUACCGGUUUGAAGCACGCUGUCCCGAUAUUUGUCAAGUUCCGGUCGGGACAGUAAAUAAUAUCGGUUUCCUAAAAUAGAUCCUGUGUUUUCAAAAAUUUAAAUUUUGACAAAAACCCAUACAAUUUAUUUUGAAUAUUUGCAUUGUAUUUCAAAAAUAAUUUUAGCUGUAUGAUCUUUUGUUAUAUUUAUAAACUUUUCAAGUUUAUUCAUUUCAUCUCUAAUCGUCAUAUCUAAUCUAAUUGUAUAUCCGAACAUUACAUUCCGGAACAUUUUCCAGACUGCAAUAUUUCUAAACGUAAUAUUCCGGGAAAAUAUCAAUGGUUUCUAAAAUAUUUUCAUGAGUAUUUACCAAUACGAAUAAUUACAUUAUGGAAAAUUAUGGCCGCCCAAAUAAAAUGACACAGAAUAGCGUAUUCCGUGUAGACUGUGGGAUAAUUUUAAUAACAAAUUCCAUAAGUAAAAAUAUUAACGUGAUUUCUUUUUCUUCGUCGAAGGCACAAUACCUUUGGACGUACGAAGAAUAUGCCAAAAUGUGCGCUCCGACUAUUGAAUGCAAUGUCACAAACAAGUAUCGAACCAUUGACGGAUCGUGCAAUAAUUUAAGAAUCCCGUGGCUAGGUGCCACCAACACGCCGCAUUUACGGAUACUGGACGCUUAUUACGAUGGUAAGUUUUACAAGUGUGUAAGAACUAAAAACAUAUUAUAAAAAAUUGUACGGAUUAUAAUUUACGGUAUUUCGCAAUUUGGCCACCUUAAAACUAAAAUAUAUAUUUUAAAAAGCUGGCGAUUUUAACGUAUGGAAAAACUUUAAUUUUCGGAACUUAUUAUUUUUUAUUUUUUUAUUAUUAAAUAUCGGUUCGAUUUCGAUCUCGAUUUUCAAUAGAAACAAUGUACCUUUACUGAACAGUCCUGAUACGGGACUUAAAAUAACGCAGUGACUUAAAGUAUUAUUUAUUUUUUUUAACACUUUUUGUACUCGUUAUUCGUCGUCGUAUUUCCAUAAUUAAAAUCGAGAAAAAUUCUUUUUUUUUUUUAAAUAACAAUUUUAAAAACAACUUUACACGAUUACACGUAUGUAAUAUAGCAUGUGCGUUGUAAAUACCUGUCGUUUCCCAGGAGAUUACCAGUUCCGGAAGCAAGCGGACGGCAGCCCUUUGCCGAACGCCCGAGAGAUUCAAAUCAAAUUGUUCCUAGACAAACAGUCUCGGUUCCUCGAAAACGACAACAACGUUCUAUUCAUGCAAUGGGGUCAAUUUAUCGCUCACGAUGUAACGCUACUUGCACCCUUCACUUCAAGUAACAAACCAGCUAUUUUUGCAAUAGCUUCACACACACAAAUCAAUAUUUUUAGUUAUCUUUACUUUGUGUAUUAUGCGGUGGUUUGAUGGGUUGAGGGGAGUUGUCCUCUCUUCUUUUCUAAAAACAUGUCACCAUACCUAUUUUCUUUUGUCUUUUGACAAGAAAUAAAUUUGACAAUAAUUUCAUAAUAAAAUACCUACCGAAAUAUAUAAAUUUAUUAGUUUUGCCGAAUUUUAAAUUAAACUAUUAUUAAAUUUCCGACUCGGUAAUCUAAAUUUCUGAAUUUCCACUAUUUCCAGCCCUGAAUAAAUCUUAAGGUAGAUAACCGCAUUACUGUUAGCACUUUUUAUGUCCUUUUUCCCCAAUUCAAACUAUAAUUGUAUUGAAAUCUUGUAAUAAUACGCGUUGGGAGUAUCGUUUUCAGCUGAUGAAGGUUGUUGCGAUCAACAAAACCAAAACCCGGUACCAAUCGAAUGUCAGGCAGUCAUUCCGGUACCUGAAAACGAUCCCGUUUAUUCCAAACAGGGUCAAACGUGCAUCAAUUUCAACAGAGCUGCGACUUCGGCUGCCCAAGGCUGUCCAUUAAAACCUACUACUUACGUGAGUCUAAAAUAUUGGCGUCUAUGAACUUGACCCACCCAUGUCAUGAUACAAAUUUCAAAACUAUACCAAUAUUUUCAAGUAAUUUACAAGUCAUUUCUUUCACGGGAAAUAAAUAAAACGAUGUGGGUGAAUCAAAUACAUGUAGUUUAUCCACAUGACACUAAAACUUCUAAAAUAGCACCAAAAUAUUCACUACAACGGGUUUUCGAAUUUCUGAACUUUUAUGUUGGUUAGAAUUAAAACCACAUAUGGCGACUUCACAGACUAUUUAAUUCAGAAUUAAGAUUGUACAAAGUUUAAAUUUUUAUAGUUCUUUUUUUUGUAGUGUUCUACGUAAUAUUAAUCAUAUCGUUUGAAUUUCUUAAUACGGCAAACAAUAUUAUUUAUUUUGAUUUAUAUCCUGUUAUAAAAUAAAUAGUUCAACCCCUCCCCCCUACUAAAAGGAAUACACUUCAUAAUAAAACCAAUACAUUCCUCAUUACGCUCAGAAUCUAACAUAUAAAUAUUUUAAUUUAUAGCCCGUUGUCACAAUACAAACAAAAUUUAUAGAAGACCCGACAUCGUUUUUUUUUUUUUUUUAGAUACUCAGUACAACACAUUUUAUUGACGGGUCACUAAUCUACGGUAUGGACGAUAAAACAGCCGCGAACUUGCGGUCGUUUGAGGCCGGUCGAUUGAGAUCGGAAUUCAACAGCGACCACAUGGAAUUUUGUCCGCAGUUAAACCGUGGAGACUCGUUGAAAUGCAGCACGUCGAAAAACUCGAGCGUCUGUUAUUUUACGGGUAAGACAAUACUACCGCACACAGGAGAGCGAACCUGCGUUUGGUUUUUAUUCCGAAAAUAUUGAUAUCGAUAUUAUAGAAACCGUUACAUUAUCUAACAUUUCCAUCUAUAGCCAAACAAUAUGAAAAUAUUAUUAUGUUCGUGGCGCGUGUUUUUGUUCCAUAGGAGACCCAAGAGGUAAUCAAAACCUGGUGACCGUACUUUUCCAAAAUGCGUUUUUGAGAUUUCACAACGUUGUCGCGUCACACCUGAGCCGUCUCAAUCAGCACUGGUGUGACGAGACCUUGUAUCAAGAAGCCCGAAGGUUCGUCAUCGCCGUCAUCCAGUACAUAACGUACACGCAAUACUUGCCGAUUUUGCUGGGUAAAAAAAAACCAAAAUAUACGCACCUUUAUUAAUAUAACAAUUAAUUUUGUAUAACAUGCCACAGGCACGGAAUUUAACGUUAUAAAUAACCAGCCAAUUUACAACGAUCGGGUGGAUCCGUCUACAUCCCUAGAGUUUGCUUCCGGUGCAUUUCGAACGCUUCACCAGGAAAUUCCAUCGACUCUAAAGUAAGAAAAUAUAAAUUAUAUUUUGAAUCGGUUUUAUUCGAAAUAUGCAUGUAUUUUAAAAUACCAAAUGUAUAAUUAAAUUAUUUUUAACCAAAUUACAUGUACAAUAAAACAACAAAAGCGAUAGUAUGAAAUAUAAUCAUUAUUGCUGUACAUUUUCCCGGUUUUAAGAAUAUUACAUACAAAAUCAAAAAAUAACUUUUUCAUGCAUUAGAUAUACAAAAUUUUCUUUCAGAAGUUACCCUUGAAUUUUGAAAUAAGAUUUCUGAUAUAUAAAUAAAUUCGAAAUACUACGAAAAAGCUCUUGUAUCAUUUUCUGAUUGGACUAGGAUGUCUGGUAGAAAAGUUCUUCAACAUCAUAGUAAAACUAAUACAUCAGGUAUACCACAAGGUGCACAAUUAUCACCACUUUUCUUCAACAUUUUUAUAAAAGCUAUAUCAAAAAUAUUGUUGCCAUGUAGAAUACUCUUAUUUCUUAUUCGCGGAUGAUGCAAUAAUUUUCCAUAAAUUAAUUACUCAAGAUGAUUUACGGUAUAUUACAAAAUGUCAUAUUCAAGUUAGUUGAUUGGUAUGAAACGGUUUGACUCUCCUUGAACUUAAAAUAAUGUAGUCAUAUCAUUUUAUAGAUAUGAUCUCAUUUAACAAGAUCAUUUUUGAUUAUUUAAUUCAUAAUGAAUGCAUGCCUCAUGUAGACCAGGUGGAAGACUUAGGAUUUCAAUUAGUAUCAUAUUUAUCUUUUAAUAAUCAUAUUGAAUUAAUUAUUACUUCUUCAGCUUUACGUACCCUAGGUUUUAUUCAUCGUAAUACAUCAGAUUUCGACCAAGUCAAUUACCUCGAAAUGUUAUACACUUCAUUAGUACCUAUCUUAAAAUAUGAAUCUAUUUAGAUUAUAAAUCCCUUAUUAAAUAAUAAGGUAGUCAAAAAAACUAGUAGAAAAUUGAAAGGAUUGAAAAACAUGUUCUUUCUUACUCAAGUUAUGGUCUAAAAAUUACUCACCUUUCACUCGACUACACACCAGUCUCCGAAUUUGUAUUUAUUUAUUUUAUUAAAAAUUUGGACAUAUGCCCAAAUUUAUACUAAUACAAUGAACGAAAAUUUGGUUCAAUAUUCAAUAACUCAAAUAAACCAGGUAAUACAUUCUUAGCAAAAGUUGGUUCAAAAGACUAGGUAUUAUAGUAGACUCUAGCUUAUAGUAGAUCCAACAGAUAUCAAACCAAAGAACUACCGGAUUAACGAAAACGCCGGAUUAAUGUAAGUCCGCAUAAAAACACGUUUUCACUUAUUGAAAAACUUUAAUUUAUUUUAUUAAAACGUAUAGACAAUACAUACAUACUGAAUUAAGCUAAUAUAACACAAUAACUAACCAAUACACAACAUACACGUUCCACGCGCUGACGUUAGCUGAAUACAAAUAAAAUAUCUAAUCGGUUCAUUUGGACUUCGUUUACGAUAAUAAUUAUAUAGUUAUUAUAACGAAAAAAUAGCCAGAUUACUUAACGCACCAGAUUAUCGCACGGUUGGAUAACCAACAGUCUACUAAACAUACAAUUGGAAGCCAAUUCGGAAACCAAAUUGGAUGUUAGAAAUUAUUUUUUUGUCAUUAAUAAUUGAUGAUAUACGUUUAAGAAUUAAUUUUUCAGUUAAUUUGACAAAUAAGGGCAAAAGCCUAAUUGGACAAUAGAACGAUACUAUAUCCGGAGGUUUACCUAGCUUAGGAAUUAAAAUUAUUACCGAUAUUUUCCAUUAUAGUGGAAAGAAGGAGAGUCUUAGUAUAGAGUUUAAUAUGUGGUGGAUCAACGCUUUCCUCGAGAGUUCGCGAGCUACUUCAGCGGUGAUUAAAUCGAGUUUUUUUUAAGAGGAAUUAAUGUUAUAAAAUGUUAAAUUUCACCUAGGGAAAAAGGUUAAAGUACAAGGGACAGUGGUAAGGGAGAAAUUAGAGAGUUCUCUAUACUUACCGCGAAUGUGUAAUUUCCUACGUCGGGGUGGGUUGAAAGUUGAAAGACUUUCGAGAGAUGAAAACGAAGUAUUUCUGCUUUUUCUUUAUCAUAUUUACACCAAAUAAACAAAAUAAAAUAAAUAUAUUAAUUCCUACGCUUAGAAAUUAGAAUCUAAAAUAAUAUAUUACUCUAGCUUUUUGUCACAAAAUAUACGAGGGUAAUAAUAAUAAUAAUAAUAAUAAUAAUAAUUAUCAUACGAGUAUAAUAUUAUUUUAUAUAUUUCUGAUAAUAUUUUUUAUAUUAUUAAUAUAUUUAAUAUGUUUUAUACUUUUUGCUGUUUUGAUCGCAGUUUGAAGGACGAUCGCCAAGUAUUGCUCACUGACUGGAUGAACAAACCGGAACUUCUGCCGAUAUCUGACAAUUUUGACGGUUUUUUGUACGGAUUCGUGAACCAAAAUACUCGUGCCGAACAGCCAUCUUUUAAUCCUCAUGUAAAUACAAUAAGCAUAAUAAUUAGGGCCCGGAUAUCAAUGCAACAUUCAUCUUUUUUUGAUUGAUAUUAGAUAAUGUUUUCCAAGUAGGUAAAUAAUUUGAUUUACGUAACAGAGACUUCAAAGGUGAAAAUUUUAUUUUACAUUUUUUGUAUUUUUAAAUUUUUUUUCGUUUUAUUGCAUAUUUGUACGAUACACGAGUAGAAUAUAAUAUUUAGUAUUAUUUUUGUACAUAAUACGACCGUCAGUUAAAUAUAUAUUUAGUAUAUAUACAUAUACUUGGUAAAUAUUUUAAUCUAUUAUAUGACUUGAUAAUCAAGUCAGUCAAUACUAUCAAUGCCAGUCACAAGUACAAUUUUUCAGUUUUCUGUUUUUUACCCAAUUAAACAAUACAUUUAAAAAAUGUAUACAUCAUUUUUUAAAAGCAUUUUUAGCUUCUUUUUUUUAGAGCAUUUUUCGAAGAUUUUUAGUGAAUUUAAAUCCGGUUUCUAAUAAUAAUAUUAUUAUUCCACACGGUUCCACAUAACUAUAAGUUCUAUAUCCAAGACAAAUAUUCCAGUUUUUAAAACAUUUCUGUUUUUGGUCCGGUAUUCUACAUAGUAGAUUAGGUCUAUCUAUAUUGUGAAUAUCGCGAUAUCUUAACACUCGUACUUACCGUGUUAAAAUAUCCCUAUACCAAACAAAAAAAUAAUAGAUAUCCAGUUUUUUUUUUAAAUAUAUAAAUAUAUAGAUUUCCAGCUACUUGUUCCAACAACUUACGCCCACAUUAAAAGGUCAAGAUUUGCUGACCGCCGACAUACAGAGAGGUCGUGACACAGGCGUGCCACCGUACAACAAAAUGAGAUUAGUUUGCGGGAUUCCGGAAGCGGAAUCGUUCGACGAUCUGGGCGAUUUAAUCGCCGAUGAGGUAAAAAUGCGUGUCCGACGAUUAAUAUUUAAAAUUAUGAAAUAUAGGUAGGCAUUGAAAUAAUUACGAUCAUUUAAAAAGUAAAAAGAAAAAGGUUAUACUACUAAUGGAUUCGCCACUGUUGAAGGCGGUAAUUUGGGAAAGUAGGAUAUUAUAAAGUUUUGUAAUAUAAAAAUAUAAAUAUUUUUUUUGUUAAAAUGUACGUUAUUGGUAUUUAUUAGUAUAUACAUUGAUAUUUUAAGAGUAGAUAGUUAGGUAGAAAUUACAUUGUAGGUAUAUUUUGUACAAUGUACCUAUUUUUUAUACUCUUAUUUUAAACCUCUUUUUUCAUUUUAAGGAAACAUACAUGUUGGCAAUGGUAUCCAUACUAUUUUGAGUAGCUAACCAGUAAAAGAUAAAAGUUAUGUACACUAGGUAGUAAAGACUGACUUCUUUUUAUCUAAAAUAAAGUCUAAACUUACGGUAAUUUUAUCAGCAUCUGAUAAUCAACAUUCAACAGUUCACAAAUAAGCUUAUAUCGUUUACAUGUAUACUAUCAGUCUUAAAAAGCUGCCCUAGGAUAAUGGAGAUGGGUGCAGCAACUGUUGUAGGUGGGAAGUUGGAAAGGUAGAAUACAGAUGGAUGUUUAAUACAUAUAUGUAAGCAAAAAUAAGCCAUUACUUUCGAAAAUACGAUUCUGAACAGAAUUCAUUUGAUAGUGAUGCUUUGUCAACAAUUAUUUUUUGAUUUUCUCAGGAGUUUUUUCAUCAAACGGGAAAAACCGAAAAAAAAUGAGGAAAAACGGAAAAAUGUACGAAAUAUUAUAUUAGUAAAAUAUUACGAUUUUUUUUUUCGGUGGAUAACUAUUCUACCAGCAAUUUUACUCCGAUUAAUAAUAACAUUUUUUUCGAGAGGAAGUCUGACUGGGAAGGUACUUAAGGUAUUUAAUUUUUCGAUUUUCCCAAAAGUUUUCUCAGCAAAUGUGAAAAACCGAGAAAAACAUGAAAAAAACGUAAGAAGAAGUGGGUACAGGUAGACAUUAAACUACCUAUAACAGCGACUGCUCCCGUCUCCGUUAUCCUGAAACGGUUUUUUAUAGUAUGCGCUUAUAUUACAUGUUUUUAAGAGAAAAUGAUUGCGCUUAUAACAACCUUUUAUAGAGCUGCAAGUUAUGAGCCCUGGUUUGGUAAAACAAUUAUAUCUAUAUAUUAUUAUUUACCAAAUGAAAAUUACGCAGCAAACAUAAAAUGCAUAUAAAUAAAUCAUAAAUUGCCAAAAUUUUAAAUUAUAUACACAAAUAUUAGUUUGUAAAUUGGAAUAUUUAUAGAAAACGUUUUAAUGGUACUUACAAAUACUUGUGGUAAUGAAUUAUAACAAUAUAGAACGAUUUCUACAUUUAUUUGAAAGUAAAUUUUGAAUCUCUAAAUUUGUAUUUUUUUAAACAUUGCCGUUGUUGAAGUUGUUUAUAAGCAAUGCCUUAAAUACUACCGAGUGUGCAACGGCUGCUGAUUGGAAGAGAAUGACUAUAACACUGUAAAUCAUUUAAAAUACACAAAAAGUUUAUAUUUCUAUAAAAGAAUCAAUGGUUAAAAAUCCUCUGUGGUAAUAUUAUAGUAUUAGUAAGGUACUUACUACUUACGUACUGUUUCAUGUUAUUUGUGGUCGACAGGACGUGGAAAAACUCAAAGAACUGUACUCAUGCGUGGACGACAUUGACUUCAUAGUGGGCGCUUUGCUGGAAAAACAGAUAGAAGGCGCUAAGGUCGGACCGACUGCCAAGUGCAUAAUAUCCAACAGUUUUUACCGAUACAAGGCAGGAGAUCGUUUCUUUUACGAUGUCCUCGGACAACCCGGGAGUUUUACGCCCGGUAUGUAUUGUAUCGUCAACUGUAUACAGUGAAAAAUAAACAUUUGAAAACCAAGAAAAAUGUUGUCAAUUCUCAUAUAAACGUAUGAUAUACGAGGAAUACGGUUAUAUUUCAAGACAUUGCGGCUAUUUCUCAGUAUUUUUAUAUUCAAAAUUCGAAUUGUAUAACAAUGAACUCAAUUUUAAACUUGUCUUGUUUUUUCUGGUAUUUCAGACUUUUUACAUAUAGCGUUUCAACUAUUUUUAUUUCAACUAUUUCUUUUUUAAUAUUCAUCUACUCAAAACAAUAACAAUAUUAUGUUAGUUUAUUAAACUUUCAACAAAUUCCAUUUUAGUUUCACCGUAUAAGUAUUUUUUUUAUUUUUUAUUCACGUGUUUUUAUAGUUUGGACACAAAAAUUAAAAAUCGUUUUUGAAAUAAAUUGUACUUUUUUGUCAUUUUUCAGACCAAAUACAAACGCUAAAAAGCAUUACUUUUGGUAACGUGAUAUGCGCCACUUCCGGUCUACAGAGUUUGCCAGAAGACAUAUUUAUAGCACCGAAUAGGCAAGUACAAUGCAGCUGUAGUAACGUUACCAUAAACUUUUAAAUUUAGUGGCAGAUACAAGGGGAGUAACAAGGUGAUCUCUCCCCCCUCCCCCCGGUUUGUCUAUUUCUACGUAAUUCUUAUAUUCUAUAAUAGUUUACAUAAGGUUGCAGUAUAAUAAUAAUAAGCAGGGCUCGGAUUUUAUAGCACUAAAAAUAACUAAAAUAUGUGCUAUAAUAUGCUAUAAUAUACCAUAAAAACAUUAAAAAAAAAGCAAAAAAAAAGAAAGGUAAGACAACGAUAAAUAGUGCAGCCACUGGUGUAGGUGAGAAGUUGAGAAGGUAGAAUACAGACUGGAAUUUAAUGUUUAUCUGUAAGCAACAAUAAACCAUUGCUAACGAAAAAACGAUUCUGAGCAGAGUUAAAUUGAUAUUGAUGCUUUGUCAACAAUAUGUACGCUAUAUUAUAAUAAAAUAAUUAAAUGGCCUCUACCUAUAUAUUUUCUUUAAUAAUAUUUGUUUAAUGUUGACCCGGUUUUCUAUAACUCCACUGUACUUAUCAAAAAUUCUACGUCAAAUGAUGAUAUCGUCCACGUUGGUUGUCAUAGUUUAUCAAAUGACAUGGAAAAAUGCACAAUGUGACAUCGAUAAUAAUAAUAAAUAAUGAGUUUGGAUUUAUGUUGUGUUCUACGGUGAAAUAUUUCCGCAUGGACGACUUAACCAUUUGCAUUUCAACAUGCAGCGCGAUUUUUUUUCAGCGCGAAAUUCCGCGAUUGGGUGUCUAGGUUUAUUUAAAAUAACGUUUCUCGAUAUUGCGGAGUUCUGCAAGUUUGAUGUUGGCCUUAUGAAUUCGUUUAAAUUACCAUGUUUUGUACUAUUUUUCAUUCAAUACAUACUAGAUUUAUGAAAAAUACAAAAUCAUUAUAUUAUUAAAAUGUAACACCAAAACAUUUCAUUAAAAAUUUUUAAUAUUUCAAAUAUGCAUAAACUAGCAACAUAAAAAAUCAUAUUUGGAAUCCCUGGUGCAUAAAACAAAGGUUUAGCUCACUCUCCUAUUUUUAUCUGUAUCCCUAAAUGAUUGAUAAAUGUAAAUGCUAUAAAAUCGGAGAUCUGAUAAUAAGAUAGACACAUUUGCAGGCAAAAGAAUUUUACAUGUUACAAGUUUGUCAUAAACUCAUAAACAUAAUGUAUUACUGUUAAUGUUAUAUGAUUGUAAUAUGCAAAAAAUUAGGCUAGACAAGUAAAUUAAUUUGUUUAAUAAAAUUUACCACUCCUUUGAACAACCCUUAAAUCAGCCACUAAAUAAGUACUAGACGAAUAUUAUAAAACAUGUUUAAAAUAUUUGUUGGUUUUCAGGUUCACGGAACAAUAUAGUUGUGAACAUUUCCCACUAGAUUUAAAAGCAUGGAAAGAAAAUUGAACUAAUAACCAAAUAAUGUAGUAAUGUCUGUGGUCAGGACCGCCUAAUAUUAAUUAUUGUUUAAUUUCUAUCAAUAUUUAUAUAACAGAUUAAAGUGUGAUUGUAUUUAGAGUAUAAAGACUUUGAAAUGUGAAUUUUUUUUUUUUUUUUUAAACCAAUAU